CGGAAACGUUUUGUUAUUGCUCUGCACAAAGCUGCGGGUCGUAACGUCAGACAUUACGUUAUGACAAACAGGGAAUAAACUAAUCCUACUAGCCGGAGUGGCAGUCAGUCAGACCUCGGUGUCACAGGACUCUUCUGAAGAUCACUGCAGUCUGAAGAUGAAGUGCCCAAAUUGUGGCCACAAUGUUACGGAGAAGACAGCCAAGUUCUGCAGUCAGUGUGGCCAGAAGCUGUCUGUCCAACCUGCAAACACACAGGGUAACGUAGAACAGCCCAAAUCCUUGGUAUCUGACUCAGAAGGUACAGCUGAGAAAUCAGUGUCACAGAAAAACAACCCUCCUGUUGACAACAACGAAUUCAGUAAAUUCCCCAAACGACCGAACGAUGAGACCAUCGUCAACCCAAAGAAAAAGAAAAAAAAGAAGAAGAAGAACAAAAAGAAGAAAGAUGGCACCUUGUCAUCAGACCACAAUCAAAGCCACUCUGACCUGUCCCUGGUAGACAACCAGGGGCAGAAGACGAAGGGUGGAAGUGAGUCCUCUGACAGUGAAAGCUCAGCUAAUGCAAUGGAUGAAACACCAGACUCACUGCAAGAUGAGCUCAGCUCACUAGAGAGCCAGCCGAGCUCACUAGUAGCAAACAUUCCUGCUGCACCGUCUGAAGACACACAAGGCAUUCAGAGAGAAACCGCCGCCACAGCAGAGGCAAGAGGUUCAGAGGAAGCUCCAGGUAGACCUGAUGAGAGAGAGAAUGAUGCACUGGCAUCAACUCAGGAUCAGACGCUGAAGACACCAACGUCGGACACGCCGACUCAGCAGCCCAGCUCAGAGGACAGCAAGGGUACAACUCCUCAUUCAGGUUCAGGAAAAGGGACAAAGGCCUUUAAACCUAAAGACCAAGAGACAGACAGGAAAAACUCAAAGAACAAGACAGACACGGCCACCACCAGACAGCCUGCACUGGACCAGAAUGCCAACGUGAAGCCGGAUGAGAAACAGACAGCACGAAGCAAACAGAAGGGAAAGAAUCAGCAGGACCCCAAACAGAAGCCUGCAGCUGAACAACAGAUGGUUUUUGGCCCUCAAAGACCAUCAAAGGCUGACAGCACAGGCUCCAGUGUGGACCCGGGGGGGACAGUAGAGCCCAUGGUGGUUCAGCAGUCUGGCAGCGGGCAGGACUCGACCACAGGUCAAACCUCAGACACUGACAAGGGAAGUAAAGAUGACAGAAAGGAUAACAAAGAAUCCAGCACCCCAGCUAUGCCUCCGCCCAAAAGGCUGACCAGGAACAACACCAUCGCUGCACAUGACAGGCUCACAAUUUACUUCCAUGCAGUUCUCUCAAAGGAUUUCAAAUUUGAUCCAGGUGCAGAUCGUAUCUUCAUCCAGGCUGGGAGAUACAUUGGGUCAUGGGACAAAAAUGUGGUCGAGCUGUUCGUUAGCAGGGAUCUUGGAGAACAUGGUUUUCUGGUGGUGGGCAGUCUGCUGACAGAAAAAAGUAAAGCUGAGUCUGUGUCAAUACCGUACAAAUAUGUUGUCUAUCACGCUGAAAAGAACAAAUACGAGUAUGAGUACAUAUACAAACUGGAUUCUACACAAUACACCAACAGAUGUUUGUUUGUGAAGCCCCACCUCCUCAAUGAAGAAGGUGACUGGCAUCAAUAUGAUGACAUCAUCUGUGCAGAGCCGUCAAAGAACGUGCUCAAACGCCUUAAAGAAAAGUUCUGGCCUGAAGAAAGGAAGAAUCUGAUUCAAGGCAGAGAGAUUGCAGGGAAUGUCAUGCUGGAGACCAUAUUUGAUCUGCUCAGGAGCUGGACCGAUGCCAAUUUGAGUAGUUUUCUGAUCCAGCUGAAUCAGUUCUUUCAGGUUUAUGGGGAGCCUUUUGUGUAUGAGGAAAAACAGAAGAAGUGGUCCUCCUUAGACUAUGGAAAAGAUGAUGUGAGGGAGAUGCUAAAGGAAUUCAUGCUGACAAGGGUGAUUCCUCAGUUGAAGGACAGAGACGGCACGAUGCACUACAUUCAGGAUCCCAUGAGGGCGGCUGUGAUCAUGCUCCGUGUCCAUCGUCAGUACGGUAUCAGGCUGAAUGAUGGUGAACUUCAUCGUCUCUGCACAGCACUGUGCCUGCCCAAACUAAGCAAAGAGGGUUUCGUAGAGUACUGGACGAAUUUUACACAGGAUGUGUCUCCUCUCAAAAAUCUGCCAGAAAUGUUGGUGUCUCUGAUAAAUGCUGUGAAAAAGGCCAAGAUGCCCCGAUGGAUUCUGGUACUUCCGCUCCUUCACCUCCUCAAAGGCACCACGAGACCAUUUGAGGUGACAACUCCUGGAAACUUGAAGUACAGCCUAUCCUGGGCAGGUUUGCAAGGCCUUGAAAUGGCAACGACGAUGAACAGUCAAGACAGGAAGGCACUGGUGAAUGUGAUAAAAAACCACAGUUACCUGAUGGAAGUGGAUGCACUUAUAGUGCGAUCCUGCUUGUGCUUGAUGCCGUUUGAUGAACUGAUGGAGUGUGUUGUCAACAUUAACGUCAACAUUGAGCUUUUGGACAUGCUUCACAUUUUCAUCAACAAGGCUCCUCAGGAUGUUACCGCCAGUUCAGUUAUAACAGUAUCUGAGAUUCUCUCACAUAUCCAAGGACACCUCAUUGAGGACAAAUACAGUCAUUUUACUCAGGCUUACAGGAGAGGGUGCCUAGCAACAGCAGUGAAACUGUUGGAGCAGCUCUGCAGAGGAGUCAGACCAGGAUCAUAUACCCAGAACUACCCUAAUAUUCCUGUAGCUUGUAUGAAUCUGGUUGCAUCAGUGUCAGACUUUGUUCACUGUGACCAGCAACAGGAAACUCAAGAAGGGGAAACAGAGCAGCGAUAUGCAAAAGACUUGAUCUUUCAGGCGUUGGCCAUUAUGAGAGACUGGAUCAGUCAUUCCUUCAUACAGCCGUUGCUCUACAGGGGUUGGUCAUCCCUGUUACAAGUUGAGACCACAGUCGAGAUUGAAAUGUGGAACAACAUAAUCUCCAUCUGCUUCAAAGAUGAAGAGUUCACAAAACAAUGGAGACAGACAUUCACAAUGGAUUUUGAGGGCAAGUACAAAAAGGGAUCUGCUCUGGAUCAAAUUGAAUUCUACUGCACAAAGAUAGAGGAACUCCAUGAAUCCCAACCACACAUUGCUGCUAGUAUUGAGAAGUGUGCUCUUGAGGCUGUUACAUCCAUGUGCCAGAGCAAGUCUGAGGGAAAACUCUUUGAGAGGUUAAAAAUAAAUUGGAAAUUCGGGAAACUCAUCUCAGCAAUCAUUGAGAAAUCCUGGCCAAGAGAACGUCAAGGAAAAAAAGAAGAAGAAGUGGUCCUUCAGCACCUCCUCUCCUGGACUGCCGCCAAAAACAUUUUCCAGCUACACGGCUCAGAUGAAAAAUUGAUUGAGAAGCUCUCUCAGGAUGCCAGGGACAGAAUUGCUAUAGCCAUAUCAGCAUUCACAGCCAUCAGCAAUCAGCUGGUCGAUGGAAACAUUAAGACCAGCCUGCUCAAUAUCAUUUUGGAGAGGAGAAACGCCUUCUUGGAUCUGCUGAGGAUCGAUUGCCUCUCUGAGAAUGAGCAGUACAAGGAUAAUGUCAAAAUGAGGAGGCUGUUACAGUGCAGACAAGACGAAGUGAAAGCUGUAUACCAUGAGAAGGAGCUUGUGGACGUCUUCUUAACAAUGAGCCACAAACUUGAGGAACACAUGACAGUUGAUGUUGCCGACAUGGAAGAGAGAAACCAGGUUAACAUUGAGGCCAUGCCCCUGAACGAUUUCAUGGAGGUCCAUCAAAUUGAUCGAAUGCCCUCUCCCAUUGCUGGGGUUGUCACCUACUUCAGUCUGGAUGAAGACGUCAGAAACAUGGCAGAGGUCCUGUACACCUUCAGAGACAGUUAUAUAUUCAAAGUGUGUUGGGAGAAACACGCCAAACUCCUGGCAUAUGAUGAAAUGGAAGACGACAAUCCUGACCAACAUGAAGUCGCGGACAUCAUGGCAACACCGCAGAUUAUACAUGAUGACAUUUUCCAGCCUUGCUUUGCUGAAUACAGAGACAUCUACACUUUUCUGAAGAAUGGCAGUAUAACGCUUGAGGAGGUAAACCUGCUCUUUGGUGCGUACAAGGGCAAGUAUGAAGAGCUUGCAAAGGACCUCGACAUCAUGUGUGGAGUUGAUAAAUCGACCGACAAACAGUGGAUCCACAGCAGGGUCCAUCAGAUAGAGCAGUACCAUGAGCUUCAUCUAGCUGUGGCUUCAGCUCAAAUUAUCAUGAAGGUCAAAGAAACACUUUGCCUUCAAGGGGACUUCAGGGUUAUGGAGACACUCACAGAAGUUAAUCAUGAAGACUUUCAGAGAAAACAGCUCAGUUUGAUUGACAAUCAGUUGAUGCAGGCAAAGAAGGUUCUGGUGGACAUCACUGAGUCCCGCAGGCUGUGCCUAAAGGAGGUGGGACUCAGAGGGCACUUUGUAAAAUGGGUUAAAGAUGCACUUGAAGAUAUCAAUGAGCUGAAGGUGUUCGUUGACCUGGCUUCCAUUUCUGCGGGGGAGAAUGACAUGGAGGUGGAUCGUGUUGCUUGCUUCCAUGACGCUGUCCUCGGCUACUCUUCAGUGCUAUACGAGCUCAAACCAGACUCUGGUUUUCAGGACUUCAAAGAAGUGCUCCAGAAGCUCUGGAGAGCUUUGGAGAAUGACACCAACCUACCAAAAAAACUGCGGGACAGUGCACGCCAUUUGGACUGGUUGAAGACUGUGAAGGACAGUCAUGGGUCAGUGGAGCUGUCAUCUCUCUCUUUAGCAUCAGCCAUCAACAACAAGGGGACCUACCUGAUCAGUGCACGAAGUGUAAAAAAGUUGAGUCUUGACACCGUCCUGAAGCUGCAGAUUCCAGAGGAGCACGAUGAGGGUCAGCAAAUGCGCUGCUAUUCUCUUGAGGAUGUGCGGGAGCUGCAGAACAAACUCAUGCUCAUGUCUGGGAAAGGAGAUCAAGGCCAGAAUGAAGUUGAUCACUUUGUAGAGGUUUUUGCCAGUGUUCAAAGAUUAGCUGAGGCAUUCAUUGCCCUCUAUACUGCUGGAAAUCCCCUGUUCAGGCACUGGGAAGCACAAAUCAACUGCUGUUUAAGCAGUGAGGAACCCAGCAUUAAGAUGGACUUCAACCUGGGUAGUGUUGUCAGUGUUGUCAUUGUGGAGGGCAGCAUAGAAGAGCAACUUCCUGAAUUUUGCCGGAAAAUGGAGAAAUGCCUGGACUAUUGGAUGGAUUUUGUGGACAAACAGAGAUCUCUGCAUUACUAUCUGAACUACUACACAGCUGAACAGAUUGUUUACCUGUGCAGCAAGCUGACUCAGAAAAAUGUGACCAAUGUGGAAGACCAAGUUCUCAUGAUGCUCUCCUUCAUUAAGCCCAAUUGCACAGCCUCAGACUUGAGGCAGGUCAGACAUGCACUCCAGUAUGAAAUCCUCACCAAACCAGAAGAGCAAAAUGAAGACAUUAAGUUCCAGACUUUUGCUGUGGUGCCAAGAAGUGAGCUGGCAGACCCAGAUUUCACCAUUGAAUUGGAUCCUCUGCAAAGUCCUGUGGAGUCAAAUGGUUCUCAAAAAUUUGAUCUGAUAUGGAAUGCUUAUAUGAAUGACAUGAAGAAUUUUCUUCCACAUAUUCUUGAUAUAAAAAGUCUUGGAAGACUGUUGGAAAUACUGGCCAACAAAGACGAUGAGAGUGAAGAGGAUGAGAGUGAAGAAGACAUUUCUGAUGACAACAUGGGAAACCUCAUAAAGAGGCAACUGCCUCAAGGCCUGGCCACCGGAAAUCCAAACCUCAUUAUUUGCCCGCACGAAGAGGUCUUGACAUCUUGCGUCUCUAUUUACAUGAGUAGCGAAGACGAGACACUUCCCACCUAUGAUGAAGUCCUCCUUUGCAACUCUUCAACACCGUAUGAACAGGUUGAGCUAUUCCUCAGACGCUGUCUCAGCAGGGGCUACAGGGGACAGAAGAUAUACUCUCUACUGUAUGGAGAUCUGCUGACUUAUGAUGUGAGCUCUAAAGUUGAGAACUUUUUUCAGCGAAUGAAAAAGCAAAGCAGGAAAGACUAUAGACUUGUUAUCAUCUGCAGCUCAGAAAGAGAACAUGCGUACCUUCCUUCAGCCUUCAGCCAGUACAGGUUGCACAUGAUUCCCCAAGGGUCACUGUUGAGGAUCCAGGGUUACCUCCACAAACACUUUGUUGUCCCAGAAGACCAAUGCAGUGCUGCAGCUGCAUUCAAAGACAGACUCUGCGUUGGUGUUGUCUCAUCCAAGAGGGCUGGUGUUGGUAAAUCACUCUACAUUAAGAGGCUAUAUGAAAAGCUGGAGCAGUCAACCAAAAAGUCAACAAUGAUGAAAUGCAUUCGCUUGAUUGAACCUAAUGUUGAUGAGAAUGUCGUCCUUCAGUCUCUUUUGAACAUCCCCGAGAGGAAAGAACUCAUGAUUUUCCAUUUUGACAUCACAUCCUCGGUGCAGAAAGGUCUCCAUGAGUUUCUUUUCAAAUUGCUGAUUCUUCGCUAUUUGAUGGACGCUGAAGGGAACAUGUGGAAGUGCAAUGACAAGCAUCUGUAUGUCAUAGAGAUUUUAGAGCCCACUGUCAAGUCGACCAGAAAUGCUUCACGGCAGGCUCAAACUGUGAACAGCACAUUCACAGAAGUGUUUCCAAACAUUUUCUGCCGACCACCCAAAGAGGUGCUAAUGCUAGAGAUGAGGAAGCGAGAAGACCCCACCAUUGAGAGCAUGGACGACCCACUGAUGGAUGAUGAAGAAUUCAGGAGUGCAGCCUUCCAGCGUCCAUACCAGUAUCUCACACGGUUUUAUAACCACAUCAAUCUUGAUGUGUUCACAUAUCGGGGUGUUGAAGGGUCCCACGUGGAAUGUCUUCAGAUGCUUCUCAUGUACUGUGGAAUUGUGGACCCAUCCUGGGCAGAGCUGAGGAAUUUUGCAUGGUUUCUUAGCCUUCAGCUGCAAGACUGUGAGACAUCUGUAUUUUGUGAUGCCACUGUCACAGAAGACACGCUAACUGGAUUCAAAACCUUUGUGGUGGACUUCAUGAUUCUGAUGGCAAAGGACUUUGCCAGUCCAUCGCUCAGCAUCUCUGACCAGAGUCCUGGCAGGGAGCAGAUGGACAUGACUGAUGUCCGAGAUGAGGACUUGGCUCCUUUUCUGAUCAGAAAGAGAUGGGAAACAGAACCACAUCCAUACAUUUUCUUUAAUGAUGACCAUAAUUCCAUGACCUUCAUUGGCUUCCAUCUUCAGCUCAAUGAACAGAAGUCUGUUGAUGCGAUUGAGCCCAUCUCUGGAAGGGUGAUAAAAAAGAAUGUCAUGACAAGGGCAUUGUAUGAAGGCCUCAAGCUACAGAGAGUCCCUUUCAACAUCAACUUUGAUGACCUUCCAAGAGGGGAGAAAAUAGAACGAGUCUGCAAUGUUCUUGGUGUCCAGUGGCCUCUUGACCCUGAUGAAACAUAUGAGCUCACAACUGACAACAUACUGAAGAUGCUGGCAAUCCAUAUGCGGUUCAGGUGUGGCAUCCCAGUCAUUAUCAUGGGAGAGACAGGAUGUGGUAAAACAAGGCUCAUCAAAUACCUUUGUGAGUUAAGGAGGGGUGGAGUGGCCACUGAGAACAUGAAACUGGUCAAAGUUCAUGGAGGGACAACUUCAGAGAUGAUUUACACCAAAGUCAGAGAAGCAGAAGACACUGCUUGUUUUAACAAGCAAAACUAUGGAUUUGACUCGGUACUUUUCUUUGAUGAGGCCAACACUACAGAGGCCAUCAGCAGUAUCAAGGAGGUCCUCUGCGACAAGACAGUCAAGGGGGUAAGUUUGACACCAGACUCUGGGUUGCAUAUUAUUGCAGCAUGCAACCCUUACCGAAAGCAUACAGAUGAGAUGAUUCAGAGGUUAGAAUCUGCUGGCCUUGGAUACAGAGUUCGAGCUGAAGAGACAGAUGAAAAGCUUGGGUCCAUCCCUCUUCGCCAGUUGGUCUAUAGAGUUCAAGCAUUGCCACCAAGCAUGAUCCCUCUGGUUUGGGACUUUGGACAAUUAAAUGACCACACAGAGAAAAUAUACAUCCAACAGAUUGUCAAAAGAGUGGUUGAAAACAAAGCAAUCAAUCAAAGUUACAUCAAGUGGAUCACUGAUGUCCUCUCAGCUUCACAGAAGUAUAUGCGGACAAGAAAGGAUGAAUGCAGCUUUGUCAGCCUGAGAGAUGUAGAACGCUGCAUGCAGUUUUUUGUUUGGUUCCAUGACAACCACGUCAAGUUGUUUGCAGAGCUUGAAGAAUUUGAGGGUUUGAGAGAGCCUGAGGUCAGAGACCCUGUGUUUUGGUCUCUUGUCAUGGCCAUUGGACUGUGCUACCAUGCCUGCCUAGAAAAUAAGGAUGAAUACAGACAGACAGUCAGUAAAAGCCUACCACCCGCAUACAGUCCGGCAAAAGUAAUACAAGAAAUCUCAGUCAUCCAGGAUUUGCUUUUGAGCGGUGUGCCAAUGGGGGACACUAUUGCAAGAAACAGUGCCCUCAAAGAGAACGUCUUCAUGAUGGUUCUCUGCAUUGAGCUAAGAAUCCCUCUCUUCUUAGUUGGAAAACCUGGAAGUUCAAAAUCUCUGUCUAAAACUCUGGUGGCAGAUGCAAUGCAGGGCCAAACUGCUCACUCUGACCUCUACAAAAUGCUGAAACAGAUCCAUUUAGUGUCCUUCCAGUGCAGCCCUCACUCAACACCAGAAGGCAUCAUAAACACAUUCAAGCAAUGCGGACGAUUCCAGGAGGGAAAGAACCUAGAUGAGUACAUUUCAGUUGUGGUUCUUGAUGAGAUUGGGCUGGCUGAGGACUCUCCAAAGAUGCCACUGAAAACCCUUCAUCCACUGCUCGAGGAAGGAUGCAUUGAUGAUGAGCCACUACCACACAAAAAGGUUGGAUUUAUUGGAAUCUCCAACUGGGCUUUAGACCCUGCAAAAAUGAACAGAGGCAUUUUUGUCUCCCGUGGGGACCCUGAUGAGAGGGAACUCAUCGAGAGCGCUAAAGGCAUAUGCAGAUCUGAUGCAAUGGUUUUGGAGAAGGUCAGGGAUUUCUUCCAGCCCUUUGCAAAAGCCUACUUGGACAUCUGUCACAAACAAGGCAAAGGAUUUUUUGGCCUACGUGACUAUUACAGCUUAAUUAAAAUGAUUUUUGCAGUGGCCAAGGCUUCUCAGCGGAAACCCACUGCAGAGGAAACCAUGAAGGCAGUGUUGAGAAAUUUCAGUGGCAGAGACGAUGUAGAUGCCGUUACCGUCUUCACCAAAACACUGCACAUUGCACCAAACCUGGAGAGCAUCAGUGCCAUUGAGUUUGUGAGAGAAAACAUUCAGGCCGUUGGACAGGAAGAAGAAUGUCGGUACCUGCUAGUGUUAACAAAAAACUAUGCAGCCCUACAAAUCCUGCAGCAAAGCUUCUUUUCAGAAAGCGGUCAGCCAGAAAUAAUCUUUGGAUCCAGUUUUCCAAAAGACCAAGAGUAUACCCAAAUCUGCCGCAACAUCAACAGAGUAAAGAUCUGCAUGGAGACAGGUCAGACAGUUGUGCUUCUAAACUUGCAGAACCUCUAUGAAAGUCUCUACGAUGCCCUCAACCAAUACUAUGUCAGCUUGGGAGGGCAGAAAUAUGUGGACCUUGGACUGGGAACCCACCGUGUGAAAUGCAGGGUGCAUGAAGACUUCCGGCUAAUUGUCAUUGAGGAAAGAGAGGUUGUCUACAAACAGUUCCCAAUACCUCUCAUCAACAGACUGGAGAAACACUACCUGGACAUCCACACUGUCCUUAAAACUGAACAGAAGAGCAUGGUGGAAGAAUUGGAGAGAUGGGUGAGACUUUUUGUGUGUCUGAGCAGUCAAAACAAGUACCAACCAGCAGAUGUCUUCAUCGGCUACCACUCAGACACAUGUGCUUCUGUGGUACUUCAAGUAAUAGAGAAACAAAAGGACAGUGCUGAGAUCUCAGAUCCUGAGAGGAGAAUACUGGAUGAAGCUAAACUCAUACUGCUCAAAUGUGCUACACCAGACUCGGUGGUGCGACUAGACUCCACAGGCCUUCCCAAAGUGGAGAGCGAAUAUCUGGCCAGGGUCUACUUUGAAGAGCAGAGUAGCAGCUGCUUGGCUGACUUCAUUCUUGCUCACACAAGGCAGGAAGUCAACUGCUACUCCUCCUUCACAGAGGUGACAACAUUCUCCAGGCUUUUGACAGCAUCUGACUUGAAACCGCUGCAGCAAAUGUUGCAUAGUGUUGAGCUUCUGUCACUCCAGCAGUUUGACACAGAGCACUCAUUUCUGAAGAAGAUCAGGAACUUCCUCACUGCUGAAAAUGGAAGCAGUAACACUGGACCCUGCAACAAGAUCCUCAUUAUUCAGUGUGAUUUUGAUGAAGCCUCUCAUAGUGCCAAUCUCAUUGCAUCUGCAAAGUAUUCCUCCAUAAAUGAAAUCAACAAGAUAACUCAGGAGAGCAUGGGGAACAAGGUGUUUGUCUACUUCAUCACCAGACUGCCAAGAAUAGAGGGAGGGACCUCCUAUAUUGGUUUUCAUGGAGGCCCCUGGAGAUCAGCUCACAUUGAUGACCUCAGACGGUCAAAAGACAUUGUCUCAGACAUCAAAGCCUUGCAAAACAUGACAAUCAGUCAAAUGUUUGAACCGAGGGCGAAUCAGCCGGAAGCUAUGGAGGUGGAUGACAUGCAGCCUGAGAAUGAGCAUGAGGAAGUGGAGUUAGAGCAAAGUGUCUGUGAUAAUGUUGUGGACACUACAGCACUGUUGCGGAGCUGUGUGCAGAGUGCAGUAGGCAUGCUGAGGGACCAGGUGCAAAGUGGCUUCCGCAGUACUCGGAGAGUUGAGAUCCUGCUGACACUCCUCAGUGACCAUGACAAUAUAAAAGGUGAAUUUCUGCAAACUGUGAAGAGACAUCUUCACUCACUUCUGGCGACUCAUGAUGGCAACACCUUCUCAUCCAUCAAAAGCAACUGGGUCAUUAAGGAGGCCUCAAACAUUGAUGCCUUGCAAGAAGGAGGCACCUUCAGGCACACGUUAUGGAAGCGUGUUCAGGCUGUGGUCGUUCCCUUCUUGGCGCAGCUGAUUUCUGUCAUUGACCGUGACCAAAACCUGGACAUCCUGCUGGAUCCAAGCUGUGGUGAAUCUGUCAAGAGGCUGUGGUUAGAUAUCUUCAGCAAUGAUAAGCUGCUGGAAAUCCCUCAACUAACACUUGACCACCACUCUGAGACAAGAACAAUCCUUGUACAGAACUACAUUGUCCAAGACAGGAACAUGAGCUGUAGCAUGCCCUUCAGUUGGAGGAUCAAGAACUACCUGGAGGAACUCUGGGUUCAUGCACUUCAGCAUGAAGGCCACACUCAACAAGAGUUUGAUGAGUUCUUUUGGAAGACACCACUUGGACGAUACAUUGCGAAAACAGACCCAGAGAUGCAGAUGGAGCUUUUUCACCGCUACCUUCAGGAUUUCAUUUGCAUGACAAUGAACAUGACACGUCAGGAAGAUCUGCAGGUUCUGUGUAGUGCCUUGAAUUGUUGCGUCAACGAGCUGCGCUUGCAGCUCAAUGCCAUGGAAACAGCAACAUCUCUUCCAUGGAUCCAUGCUGCUUAUCAUGAGUUCAAGAACCGACUGCAGAACCUCUACAGAAUGAUCUGCAUUGAGCCUCAGGUGACCCAGCACCUCUUGGAGAAUCAUCAUUCCAGACACGGGGAAGAACUGGUGCUCGAUGUAUACGCUGCUUUUGCAUGUGUGGAGUACCUGGAGCCUAGAGUUCUGGACACAGAUGCCCAAAGACAAGCCUGGCUCAGACAGGUCAAGAAAUUCCAGGUUCCCAUUGAGCUGAUCUGCUCAGAGGACAGUGUGAGACACUAUGGAGACAGGAGCAAGGCGAUUGUCUGUAGAGUCCAAGCUGGAUGGAAUCGGAUAUUUUCUCUCUCUCUAUUUGUGGAGCGCAUGCUGUUAGGCAUUGAGGAGAUAGAGAAUAAGUUGACACCUUUAGUCUUGGAACAUACAAGAAGGUUUGGCCAGGUACUGGAAAAAAACUCAGACCUUAAAACUCGUCACGCAUUCGAGGCAGUAGUCACUUUGCUCAAAACCUGCAAAGAUGGAGCUGUUGAACGCAUCUUCAGGUUUGGUCUUAGGCUGUGCCCCGUGUGUAUGGGAGAUCCCAAAGAUCCACUCUGCCUGCCAUGUGAACACAUCUAUUGUGUAGCCUGUAUCAGACAGUGGUUGUGCCCCGGUCAGAUGUACUGUCCUCUCUGCAUACAGCCAGUUAACGACGACUUCCCCAUGGUUCCUUCAGAUGCCAUAAGGAUUCAAAUCCAACAACAUGCUCGGUUCAGGAAGCAGUGCAAUGCUUUCUUCAUAGACCUGGUGUCCACUGUGUGCUUCAAGGACAACUCUCCCCCCUGUCCGGAUAUCAUUCUCCAUUUGCUGUCCUUUCUCAUGGUGGAGGCACCGACUGUCCCCAUUCUCAGAGGUAAUCGUCAAAUGCUGACAAAGGUGCUCUCUCCGUUUGAUGACUCUGUGGAUAAAAAUCCAGUGAUUCGUUCAGUAGUGCUCAAACUCCUGCUGAAAUACAGCUUCGAUGAAGUUAAAGGAUACCUGCAGCAGCAUCUGGUGGCAGUUGAGCAGAGCAACAUCUUGGAGGAGACGGACAAAACUGAGCUCUACUUGUUGUACAUUAACUGCCUGGAGGAUUCCAUGUAUGAAAGGUUGCAGUUCAGGUCCGUUGCAGACCAGCAGUUGUGUCUGCAGGAUGAAAGUGCAUUUUUGACUGACUACCUACAGUCACAGUCUGCUGAGACAGCCACUGUGGAGUAUCUGCAGCAAGUGGCCAGAGUGCGUAUGGACCUGGAUAUGGCUGCUAGCCUCAUUGUGGAAAAACUGAGAGCCAAAGGGGCUCAGAAGAGUGGUCGAAGUGGAACCACAGCCUUCCUGAACAGUGUGGUGAACUUGUGUGGGUGCAGUGGGAACAACUGGUAUCGCGUCUACUUGAUCCGUAAGAUCUGCAGCCAACAUGGAGUCGAGUUUGUCUUGAAACUCCUCAAAGUGGAUGCAAUGCGAUGGCUCUUCCCUGAAGAAGUUCUGCAAAAGAGUGAAGAAGCCACUCCAAUAGACCAGUAUCUUGUGUACGGGGAGCACUACAAAGCCAUCAGAAACGCUGUGGCAAAGGUCGUUAUGGAAGGAAAAGUGGACGGACUGGACGAGACCUGUGAGGAGUGUGGAUGUUCACCCCAGAGGACAACAGUUUAUCUCCUGUUGGCAUUGUACAGAGAAGUCACCACUCUCUACAGAGACGCCAAUACUAGCUUCCACCCCAAGCCUGAGCAAGUGGAAGCCCUGGUGACCUACAUCCAGACCUGCCGAUUCCUUGCCGGCCCUGACCUGAAGGCCUUUGCCCAGGCUCUGGUGACCAACGAGCUCAAGCUGUUGGCUGUUCGUCCCGGGACCUCCGGUGACCAGUGUGUGCUGGUGGACAUAACUAUUCACCUGGCUGCUGUCCUGCUCUGUGGGAACCAGGGGAUUUUAGCUCCCCUGCGGCAGCUGGCAAUGGCACCUGCCAACAUGCAGGCAGCCUUCUUGCCCACCAUGGCAGACGACAUGUUAGCAGUGGCUCAACAAGCUCUGGGACCAUUGCAGUGGUACCAUUGUCCAAAUGGUCACCCCUGCACCAUUGGAGAGUGUGGGCAGCCCAUGCAAACAAGCCAUUGUUUGGACUGUGGUGUUGUGAUUGGAGGAGCCAACCACCAGCCUGUGCAGGGAUUUCGAGCUGUUCAGCUGCAGGGUGACCGCACUCAGUCAGGCCACAUCCUCGGCGACCCCAGACGCAGGGACAAUCCAGACAUGCUGGACACAAAGAGCAUUUCCCCUGUUCCUUUCACUGUUGUCCGCAUGCUCACUCACAUGACCAUGCUGCUUGGUGCCUGCAGCCACCUACAGUCUAUCUCUGACAUCAUCAAGCCCCCAGUCACCGAGCCAGGUGCAUUUCUACUUGGUCACCUGCGCAAGGACUUGCAGCAUCUUAUCAGAUCCCUGGGUAAGGGGACGGACGACACAGUCAGCACUGUUCACCUGCUCAUCAGCAGCCUCCUGGAACUCCACCAGCAACAACAAUGGCCUGUUCCUUUUGACAAUCUGCUCUCCACUAAAGAAGCUAGAAAUGGAUGGGAGAUGGAAAUGAGCAACGCCAUCAUCGCACCUCAGCUGAAGCACUUGGAAAGACAGCUUAAGGAAGUGAACACAGUCAUCCGGGCUGACUCUCGCAUCUCUGCCAAUCCAAUCAUGAAGCUCUUGUUUGGCGACCCUCGUCUCUUCUUGGCCUCAAUUCCCCCAAAUUCUCUGAUCCAUGGCUCUGCCGUGUGGAGCUGCAGGGAGAAAGUGUCUCUGCGGAGCCUCACCUACAUCGUAGAGCAGAAUGACGGCAAAGACACCCUGCCUGUGCUCUGGAGAUUUCUGCAUAAAGAAGCAGAGCUGCGACUGGUGAAGCACCUUCCUGAUAUCCUCACACUCCAGAGAGAUCUGGUCAAGAAGUUUCAAAACGUCACCGAGCUGACCUGCAACACCAUCGACGAAUUCCUCCGCAGCCAGAAAGCCGUUUCGCUGAAAGCCUGGUAUGAGAAACACAUCAAAAUCUUCCUGACAACCUGGAAUCAGCUCAGAGUGUCUCUGGAAACUAACGGUGAGAUUAAGAUCCCGGUUGAGUUCUGCAAGAUGGACCUAGGCCUCAACAGUGACUUCAAGGUGCUGUUACCACGGCGACAAGGCCCAGGGCUGUGCUCUACAGCCCUUGUCAACUACCUCAUUGCCCUGCACAAUGACCUGGUCUACUGUGUGGAUAAACACACUGGAGAGGAGACCAGCUACAAAGUGAGCCCUGCGGAUCUGACUGAUCUGCACGUGAUUCGGUAUGAGCUGGAGAGGGACCUGAUGCCGCUGGUUCUGUCCAACACCCAGUACAGCAUUGAGAGAGGCCAGGAGACCCUUCACGAGUAUGAUUUGCCCAAGAUCCAGCAGCAGAUCGUGUCCCGAUUCUUGCUGGGCAAACCUCUCAUCACUCUCAAUGGCAUUCCAACACUAGUGAACAGGCAUGACCGCAACUACGAGAUUAUCCUGAAGGAUGUAAAAGCAAAAGUCCAGCAAGAGCCUCUCCAGGCUCUCACCCUGUUUGCCGUGGCUGGGGAGCUGCAGUCCUACAGUGAGGUGUGUGAGGCCUUGUCCACGCUGGAAGUGGCCCUCGGUUUCCUCGCCAUGGCCGGGGGAGAGCCUCACAUGCAGCUGUCCUCAUACCUGAAGGAGGUGCUGCAGAUGGAAAACCAGAUGGCUCCGCACAUCCUCAAGACCCUGAGCAUGUGCUAUCUGAAGCACUGUGUGGCUCUGUGGCAGCUGCUGGCCUCGCUCAAAUCAGAAAAUAUGCUGCGGCUAAAGAGGGAUCCCUUUGUGGGAGUCUCAGAGAAGUACAAAGUGGCCCUGGGUGAGGACGAGCACAGGCUGCUGACUGACUUCUUUUCUAAAAGCAGCGCUGACACUUUUCUGCUGGAGAUGCACGAGUUCCUGGUGCUGGUCCUUAAAAAGCCCAACGCACUUGAUACCUUCCGGCCUGAAUGGGGCCUCAAAGACACGUUGGUGUCUUACAUGGAACGCAAAUACCUGGACGUGCCCCCUGACGUGGAGGAGCUCUUCCCAGAGGAGAUCCUGCUGUCCCACUAUGUGGAAGCCUGGAAGUUCAUUGUGGCCUUCAAGCAGGAGCGUCAGAGACAAUGAAGACAAGAAGGAGGGGUUGUUUCUUGUCUACUUCCCUUUUUUGACAUCUUUAAAAGAAAUCCCUCUUAAGUUUACAAUCAUGAUGAAACAACACCCGUGAAGCAGUAUGGAUGUGUGAUAUAAUCUGUAUUUUACACAUAUUUAUGCAGAGCAGAUGUGCCUUUUUAAGAGCACUAAUGUUGAGCUUCUUAGUGCUGCAGAAUAAGUGUACAGUUCACAUUUACAGAUCAACUGUAUGGAAAUGUGAACUUUAAAAAAAAACAUUUUGAUUCUAUUUUUGUUUGUAUUAUUUUCUCUUCCUGUUUUCCAUCAACAUGUACAGAGUUUCCGUACAGUUGAAAAUCUUCUGUCUUGCACUUUACUUGUAAUGUGAAUUUGUCUGUCCCAAAAAAGGCAGAAAAAAAUCUUAAUUCUACUCAGGUACAAAAUGUAGAAUAACUCUGGGGACUUUAAAAUCAAACUGACCAAAAUAAUUUUCUCACGUAGAACGUGUCAUUUUCAUUUAUAUUUUGUAUCGCUGUUGCUAUGAUGAUGUGUCAUAUAUUUGUUAAAGUUCCACUUGCCUUUCUUCCACUUUUUAAAUCCACUGUCUUAAACGACUGCAGAGUAUUUCCAUUUUGUUUUGACGUUGUUUCAUAUCAUUGUCUUUGACUUUAUCUUAAUUUUUGUCAUCGUCUUAACUUUCCUCAUUAGUUAUUUUUUGUGUGUGCCUGGCAAAACAAACUGCCUUCAGUAAAGCAGAAAUGUCA